AUGGCUGAAAUAGGUGACGAUAGUGGGUUCUUGUUCACGGGGCUAAACGUCACUGUUGCGUUUUGGCGUGAUCAAGACCAAUUUUAUGUAUUUGAUCCACACGCUGUGACUACAGAACGAAAAUAUGAUUUCAUAAAUUCCAGUAACAACUUAGCUAGACUGUUUGGCUGCAAUAAUUACUUGUCCUUAUCAUCAUUGCUGCUUUCGAAUUCUGUAUUUGAUGGUAACACGCGCCAGUUCACCAUUACAAAGUUGACUUUCAAAAGGCCCGCAGAUCAAUUAUCACUUGUCGAAAGCUCUGCUCCCCUACUAACUCCUACUAAUGCUGAUAAUGAUGACAACUUACCGUCACCUACACCAAUGGUCGUUGGUUCUCCUUUAAGGAAAAUCCAAUCCCUUCCAGAUCUUCAAAAUAUUUCGAAAGGGCCUGGCAGGCCAAAGAAGAUCAAACGUGGGCGACCAAAGGUUCUUGACACAACUAGGGAGGAACAGCUUAAAGAUGCCAAGAAAAGGUAUAGCGAUAAAAAUCUUGAUAAAAAUCGCGAGGACGCGAAGCGAUACCGUGAUGACCACCCAGACCGGUGCAGUGACUCUGCACGACGAUACAGCAUUGAUCACCCCGAUGUCCACCGUGAUGCUGUUAAACGGUACAACGUAAACCACCCUGAAGUGCAUAGGGGUGCCGUUCAACGAUAUGACAGCAACAAUCCAGAAGUACAUAGGGUGGCUGUUAGAGAUUAUGACUUAAGGAACCCUGAAGCUGCUCGUGAGAGAAUACAAAUCUUUCGGCUAAAAAAUCCAACAUUGUUAGAACUCCGUCAUUUGCCUCUUUCCUUAGCUCGUAGUAUUCACAAAAAUGGUCCUAUGGGGGGUUGGAAAGAAGAACAAAUAAAUGAGAUCUUACCAUACAGGCUGAAAAAUACAAGUCUUUGGAACGACAAUGUUUUCUUGUGUCCGCAUUGUGGUGCUCGACUUUUCGAGGAAGAAAAGAGUAGGCGCAAAUGGUGUUGUGGGGAGGGAGCGUACAAUAUUAUAUCUUUACCUCCCUUACAAUGUCCAUUUUACGACGACCAACGUUUCUUACAGCGGGCACGUGCAUACAACGAUAUGUUCGCCUUUUGCGCCCUCGAAGUCUCUGGAGGGUAUCGUCACCCUAGUGGGCUAUCUUUUUUCAAAAUUGAAGGUAGGUUAUACCACCAAGUUUAUAAUAUUAAUGCUCCUGGCCAAAAGUUUACAACAAGUUCAGGCAUUGUUCAGUUUGUUAACCGAUCCCGCCUUUAUCUAGACGACGGUGAGGAACGCAGAAACAUCGCCAUGGGAAGAUCUCUUGAUUGCGAAGUCAUUCAAAACAUUAACGAUUUUCUGACACAUGAAAAUCCAUUUGUUGAACACUAUCGUCAAUUAAGCAAUGAGCCGUCUGUCAGUGCUCAUCUAGACUUUGAAUUGACCAAUAGAUCUUCCCAUGGCCCUGUUCUAGGUGAUAAACAGACUGGGAUCGAAGUUCACGCAGUCUUAAGUACAGACGAAAACCCAAAUGAUCCGCGAAAACUCACGAUUUGGAAAGUGGGAUCUCCAAGGCCGACCUCCAUUGACCUACUAAGUCCCCUAAUGGAGCCACUGCAAUAUCCCUUGCUAUAUCCCCAAGGUACGCUUGGAUGGCACAUUGGUGCAUUAGAUAAUGAAGGUCAAAAGCUUACACAGCUAAAAUAUACCCGCUGCCUUCUACUAUCUGAGGCUCGUUUUUCGCAUCUAGGUCGCCUUUCUCAAGCAUGGCAAGUAGAUGUGUUUGCCAGGUACGAGGAAGAAAAACUACGUUUCCUGAAGUUUUGUCAAAUGAAAAAUACUGCAAAUGCUACUCGGGUAGGUCCUUUAGACGAAAUUUUAGAUGCACAGCCCGGUAGACAGGUUUUGAAUGAAAUAAACAAUGACGAGACCAUCAUAGGAGAAGGUGGGGUAUUGCCUGGUAAGGUUUACUUGCCGAAGUCAUUUACAGGGGGCCCAAGGUACAUGAAGGUCCAGUAUGAAAAUGCAAUGGCACUAGUGUCCCGAUUGGGAUUUCCAACUUUCUUUCUCACCUUCACGUACAGUGCUACUUGGGAAGAGAAUAAGAAGGCUUGUCCCCGAGGCAGUGGCAGAAGUGAUCCUAGUACUGCGUGUCGUAUAUUUCAGAUAAAGCUAUUGGAACUUCUUCGGGACCUUCGCUCUGGAGCUAUGUUUGGACGGGCCAUUUACAUAGUUUACGUAAUUGAAAUGCAGAUGCGAGGCCUCCCGCACGCCCAUAUAGUCUUCAAAAUUGAUGGCAGUGGUCCGGUACAGGCGGCGGACAUCGACGCUCUCAUUCGUGCCGAUAUCCCAUCUGAAGAUGAGGCUGACGGAAGACUUAGAGGUUUGGUGUUAAGGCACAUGGUACAUGGCCCUUGUGGGCCAAAUCAUCGCACAGACUUCCCGUGCUGGGAUUUGGUGAAUAACCACUGUACCAAAUAUUUCCCAAAACCUCAUUGUCAAACUUCUCACGUUGACGAAAGGGGUUUCGUCGUCUAUAAACGAGACCACAGCAAUGAAGGAAUCGUCAUAUCAAGAAACAGGGAUAUCACUGUUCACGACGGAUGGGUUGUUCCCUACAAUCCCGCUUUGCUCUUGAAGUACGAAGCUCAUAUUAACCUUGAAGUAGCAUCAACUCGACGGGUCAUCAAAUAUUUGUUUAAAUAUUUAAUGAAGGGAGGCUCCCUUCAAAAUGUUACCGUCACCCCGUUGAGUAAGCAGGAUGACGAAAUUGAAACAUAUGUUACCAAAAGAAUGGUUGGAGCCAGUGACGCUUGCUGGCGCUUAUUGGAGUUCCCGAUAUCCAAGAUGGAGCCAACAGUCGAUUGUUUGCCAGUGCAUCUUGAAGGCAAACAGAAUAUAUACUUCCGACCUACGGAAUUAUCAAACGUGACUGUCAAUCAAUCUUCAAUGCUAAUCACGUACUUUGACAGACCACUUGAUCCCAUCUUCGACGAUAUUACGUAUCAGUCAUUUUACGAAAAGUUUGUGCUACAGACACGGCGGCCUACGAACACACAAGCAACGGUGUACAAUCAUCCAAACGGUACACACUUUAUCACUCCUCGUCAGCGUGGUGAGAAGGUGUGUCGUUUGUUUUGGGUUUCACCCAACCGUACUGAACAGUACUAUCUCCGGCUUAUUUUGAUGGUGUUGCCUUGCCGUGGGUAUAGUGACAUCUUGUCCCGUGGAGGCCCCGAGUGCACAUCAUUCCAGCAGGUUGCUCGUAAGCUUGGAUUGGUCGAAGAUGAGGACGAAUACAGCUGUGCACUUCGAGAAGCCUCAUCGUUUAUGGUUGCUUCAAGACUUCGAUCUUUUUUCGUGCUUCUGUGCAAUAUGGGUGCUCCUGCAGCUGUAUUGUGGGACGCCUUUCGUAGCUCGCUGUGUGAGGACUACCUCGAGCGAACUCCUUCGAAUCCUGGGAUGGCAGAAAAACUUGCUCUCAUCGAAAUAGAUCGAAGCUUACGACGACAGGGUUCUUCCUUAAUUGACCAUGGACUACCUGACGUGCAGGACCAUACAACUGAGUUGGGACGUGAAUCAUUAAUUUAUGAUGUACACCAACAACGGGAGUAUGUCGACCUCUGGGAGCCACGGCUAUCAGCGGACCAGAAACGCGUCUACGAUUAUGUCAACAGUUUGCUGUGCGAAAGUGCUACCAGUGAAAGCAGUAUGGUUUUCAUUGAUGGACCAGGUGGUUAUGGCAAGACCCUGCUGUUAAGCGUCAUUCUCGCCCACGUUCGAAGCUGCAAUUAUGUAGCACUUGCUGUGGCUAGCUCCGGAAUCGCGGCUCAAAACAUGGCUGGAGGAACAACUGCUCACAGUAUGUUCAAAUUGCCACUAGACCUGGGAGAUGGAUCUGGGUUCUGGAACAUAACCAAUGGCACCCAGCGAGCUGAACUCAUAAGAGCUUCACGUUUAAUUGUAUUUGACGAAGCUCCAAUGGCCCAUAGGUUUAUCUUCGAGAUCCUAGAUCGAUCUCUCAGAGACCUUAUGAAUUCGAAUGUACAAUUUGGUGGGAAAGUCAUUCUGUGUUCUGGAGAUUUCCGGCAAAUUGCUCCUGUUGUUGCCAGAGCACGCACCCCUCGAGAUAUUGCGUCCGUUUCCCUGCGAGCGUCUUACUUGUGGCCACUUUUCAAAGUUUUCUCCCUAACUACACCGCAGAGAACUAUUGGCUGCAGUGAAUAUUCAGAGUUCCUUCUCAGGGUGGGUGAUGGCACAGUUAACUCUUUCACAGAAAAGAACUGUGAUAGCUGCUAUCUCAUUCCACUUCCAAAUGUAAGGCAUGUGACGUCCCUCGAUCAGCUAAUUGAUUUUGUCUUCCCGAAGAGUGAUCUAAUUGAUCCCGACCUUGUUGCGAGGCGUUCCAUUCUAUCAACGAUUAAUGCCAACGCCAAAGAAGUCAACGAAAUAGUUUUAGACUCUUUGGAUGGUAGGCUGUACGAGCUUAGAAGUGCCGAUUCUGUUGAUAUGGAAGCUGACGAUGGAAUGGACGUUGACGUACAGCUCUUGAAUAAAUCAACUGGGAAGGGUGUUCCAGAUCACAUCCUUCGUUUAAAAGUAGGCUCUGUGUGCCUAGUCAUGCGUAAUUUAAAUAUUGCCGAUGGCCUAGUAAAUGGCACCAAAGUCAUCGUCACCCAUAUCACUAGGUGUUUAAUUACAGUUAGGCUACCAGGUAAAAGAGAACCCAUAUGCAUCCCUCGGAUACAAUUUAUGUUUCCAUUUGUAGAGGGCUCACCACUUAGAGUUCGACGUCGCCAAUUUCCUCUAAUGUUGGCCUAUGCCAUUACCGGACAUAAGAGCCAAGGCCAAACAAUUGACCGUGUUGGAGUAGACCUCAGGACAGAUUGUUUCACUCACGGCCAACUCUAUGUCCUUCUAAGUAGGGUGAGAAACCCCGACGACAUCCUCUUAUUGGUCCAACCACAAAGAGUCAUUGAUGGAGCUGCAUAUGCAAUGAAUAUUGUAUACGACGAACUCCUUCUCUAA